AUGCACGAUGGAAAAAUGCAGAUCACUGUGAACUCGUACCUUGGCAAAUUGAAGAAGACUCAGAUUGGUCGAGUGUAUGUGGAAGAUCUGGAUGAUUGGGAUUUGGGUGAUAAGACGUUCACAUGGAAGGAAUCGUUGCCCGGCUUUGAGUUGUCACCAAAAGGAGAGAUAACAAUGGAUGCCAACAUGCCACCUGGUACCUAUCAUAUGUCAUCAAAUGUGCACGAUAAUCUCCGAAAUGAGAACGCUGUCGGAUAUGUGACCGUCAAUAAUGGAGUGGUUGUCUCAGCGAACAGUACUGUAUUAGUCGGAGUGAAUGCUCAAUCGAAAGACGAAUGUACUUGUCCCGUAUGGCGUCCACCACCUCAGUGUCUGGCAGGACUGUGCCACAAUGAGGGCGUCUGUCACAACACUCAUCCGGGAUUCUUCUGUGAGUGCCGCAACGACCUCCUAAAGGGAGCAAGGUGUCAGGGAACAACGCGAUCGUUCUCAGGAGAUGGUUUUGCUUGGUAUAAACCAAUGCCGGCCUGUACAAGUCUCAACAUCAGCAUGCAAUUUAUGACACUUCAACCCGAUGCUGUCCUUUUCUACAACGGCCCGAUGGACACAAAAACGACGGAGAAACAAAUCGACUACAGGGACUACAUCAUUAUUCACCUUAGAGGAGGUCGUCUUGUGAUGGAGUACAUUGAGCUUGUGGUUGAUCAAUGCCGCUAUCUUGGCGCUGGCUCGGAUGAUUCAUCGUGCCGGAAAUGGCUUUACACACCCGAUGAUGACGAACGUCUCAAUAUUGUCGCUCCGGUGCAAAUCGGAGGUCUUGCUCCUCUAGCGAACGGUCAAGCCUAUCCAUCAGCAGUACCGCGAACAGCUCUGAGUGGAUGCGUCCGUAAUCUUAGGGUCAACGACGAUCUAUAUGAUCUCGCAACACCGGCUUAUGAAAAGAAUUCCGCCAGCGGAUGCAAACUAUGGGGUGGAGCAUGUGAUAGCAAUGCUAUUGACAGCCUUACCCAUUGUGUCCACGGAGACUGUUACGCUGAUGUCCAGAAUUACGUCUCAACGUCAGCUGAGAUGACUUCCGAUGGCCUGACGCCAAUGGCCAAGUUUGACCUUGGCGGAGUACGGAAUUCUCUUACGCAGCUUCGGAUCAACGAGCUGUCGCUCAAGGAGAACUCUUCCUACUGGAUGCAUUUCACGAGGAAUCCUACUCGAGCGUCGCUAUCAAUCGACGACGCGUACUUUACAUCACAAGUGCUGGAUCCAACCGGUAAUUCGCAGUCGUUUGCUUUACAAGUCAACGAGUUAUUCCUCGGAACGCACAGUGGUGGACGAGGUUUCCAGGGAUGUGUUGGGACGUAUCGAUGGUCAAAUCAGAACCUUCCAUUGCGUCGUCCAUCCAAUCAAGCUGUUGAUCCAGACGAUGAGAGCAUAGUUUCGAUCACAAAAUCGGAAGGAGUGUCUGAUGGUGAG